GAAGGGUCUUUGGAUUUGACCUCUUUAAGUCUUUUCUUCCUCAGAUUGGUAUUGGUACCAGUAUGUUCCUCCUGCAAAAGUGGGAGGGGCAGGGUUGAAGCGACAAAGGGAGAGAGGACUGGGUGGAAUGAGGGCCUAGGUGACGAAUUCGGGCCCAGCAGGGUUAACCUGGCCAGUGAUUAUGAAGAAGGGAGGUGACAUGAGUAGUAAAACAAGGCAGGUCUCGAGCAGAGGAGGCAAAUGGAGUACACCCAAGACGGAAUGAGAAAGAAGGAAACCGAUUUAGAUGCACGGUCCACUUAGGUAAUGAAGGGCAAAUAAAGAAAUCUGUACCAUCCUCCUACAAUCCUUCCUGGGGGAAGGACAAACACCAAAGGAGGUCUCCAUCCCAAAGCCGCUGUGCGCCCAGCUCCCCGCAGAGAACCCGCUUUCGAGAUUAGACCUCCAAGCUGCCUAGAUAGGACCCGGAAGUGCACGCCGGGAACCCGAGUUCCCAGGCCGCCUACUGGAGGCGGAGGUCGCCCACACCGCGGAGCGCACGGAUCGGGUGGGGCCAUGACCGCCCGUCCCUUGUGCCCUGUUCUGAAGAAGUUUUAGAGAAGACCUUGGCUUUGGAGCGGCACCGGUUAUUGGACCCAGCCCAUGGAGAAGCUGCCUGAGCAGAUGUCUCCGGAGUCCCCGUUUCCAUCCCCCGAGCAGGAACCCCGAAAGAGCAAGGAUGGUGAGACCUGGGCUGAGGAGCAAUUGAUUAUAAAACAGCAAACUCUUGAAGUAGGGAUACGACUACAUAAAGGAGAUGAAUGUGAACAAAAUAAACAUGAGGGAGUCUUUGAAUAUGGACGAAACUUUGGCAAUAUGGGAAACUUUAUCCAACAGCCACAAAUUCUUACUGAAGAGAAAUCUCAAAUGUGUAAUAUUUGUGGAAAAUUGUUCAGGCGGAGCUCAUACCUUAUUCAGCAUGAAAAAAUCCACAUGCAAGAGAAACCUUAUGAGUGUCGUGAAUGUGGAAAAGCCUUUGGCCAUAGUUCAAACCUUAUUCAGCAUCAAAGAAUACACACAGAAGAGAAACCCUAUGAAUGCAGUGAGUGUGGGAAAACCUUUCGGCGCAGCUCACACCUUAUCCAGCAUCAGAUAAUUCAUACAGGAGAAAUGCCUUAUAUGUGUAAUGAAUGUGGAAAAGCUUUUGGUCGGAGCUCAAGUCUUAUUCGACAUCAGAGAAUCCAUACUAGGGAGAAACCCUAUGAAUGUACUGAAUGUGGGAAGGCCUUCAGCCAGAGCUCAAAUCUUAUAGAACAUCAACGAGUUCACACCAAAGAGAGACCAUAUGAAUGCAAUGACUGUGGGAAACGUUACAGUCGUAACUCGCACCUCAUUGAACAUCAGAGAGUUCAUACUGGGGAGGCUCCUUAUAAUUGUAAUGAGUGUGGGAAAUCUUUUAGUAGGAGUUCACUCCUUAUUAAACAUCAUAGACUUCACACUGGAGAGAGACCCUAUGAAUGCAGUGAAUGUGGGAAGGCCUUUAGUCGGAACUCCCACCUUAUUCAGCAUCAGAAAACUCAUAGUGGAGUCAAACCCUCUCAAUGUAAAGAGUGUGGGAAAACCUUCAAGUAUCGUUCAUACCUUAUUGAUCAUCUGGGAAAUCAUACAAGGGAGAAACUGUGAAUGAAACGAAGGUGGUAAUGCAUUUGGUCGGAGUUCAGCUCCUAUUGAACAUCAGAGAACUCACACUGGAGAGAAACCCUUAGGGUGUAGUGAGUGUGGAUGGGCUUAGUCCUAGUUCAGCUCUUCUUAAGACCUGAAAGUCCACACAGUGGACAGAUCUCAUAGAUGUGUUCAGUUAGAUCGAGUUCCUGCCUUAGUCAGCAUCAGCAGGUUCAUUUUGGAGGAAUGAUGGAUAUGGGAAAAGCCUCGCUGUGUGUCAGAGAGGGACACAGAAGGGGCGUAACGCAGCACUACCAAGUUGAUGACUCAAGCAGAACCGUAGCAUUGCUUUUGAUAUUCAGGAUCCACAUCAGAGGGAGAUUCUAUGGUUUGCUUUUCAAAUCUCCUUAGUCAUCCUCUGAAAAUGGAAUGAGUUAUGUCCAUUCCAGGGAAGAAAGAAUCAGGGAAUUUUGGAUUCACACUCACAUCAGGAAAGCAAUAAGGUGACCUUUGAACCCAAUAGUUUUCCAUCUAUCUCAUCUGUCCUGUUUGUUGUAAUUAGAUGGAAGUGGCUCUUGGCUCUUUCUUGGGUCAAUAUUUUGCUCCUCGAUGUCCUACAGACUACUGAAUCUCCUUUUGUUUUAUGUGACAUAAACACACUCAAUAAAUGUGCAGCUUUUCUAAGCCAAGUAAUAAUUCCUCAGUAUGACAUGUCAUGGCUUAUGUGUUAGUUUGGGUAGACUGAACUACAUUUGCCAGAAUUCCUUAUGUUUCAGUUCGUGUGGGCUACAAGGCAAUUCUUGGGAGAAUUGAGGGCAGGAGAAAAGCAGCAGUUAUUUUGUAACUCACACGCAUUGUUGCUAACUCACCUCACUGGCUUGAAGCAGCGGCUGGGAGGGUGUGUGGUGUGUGUGUGUGUCCUCCUGGCUCUGCUUUUCUGAAUCCUAGUAAUUUAAAAGGAACCUCAAUAAUAAUUUUCAAGAUUUCCUGUUAGAAAAAGCUGGUUCAAAUUCCUUUAUAAUAAAACUUCCACCAUAACCUUAGGUAGAGCUUUACUACCAUGUAAUUGUUGAGGAACAAGUUUGGAAAGCAUUUGGAUAGUGUGAUACCUAAUUGAUUGAUAAAAUUAACAAUAAAAAAAAACCUCUGAGCCCCCAUUUACCAUGAAUAUUU